AUGGCGUAUCAGGUUACACAGGCCUCUCUCACCCCAUCACGACCGCCGCCGCAAGCCCCUCAACGACGCGGUACGGACAACUCGCAGGGUUACAGCAGCAACGCUUCUCUUGCUAACUCUGGUUACAACUCGUCGUUCACUUUCACGCCUUCGUCUCCGUCGAGUUCAUCCUACAAUUCGCCCUAUUCAGGGAUCGGAGGUUCUCCAAACCGUGGCCCUGACGAUGCGUCUGGUUCGCAGGUGGUUAGAAGUGGCGCUGUCAGCAUGAAGGAGGACGCCUUUGGCAACUGGAUAUUCCAGAGGAAGUGGCUGGUGCUCAGAGACCAGACACUCUCAUUCCACAAAAGCGAGUCAUCACCUCAACAAAUCGUCAUAUGGCUCCGUGACAUUACAAAUGUUGAGCGCAUAGAUAUGAAGCCUUAUUGUUUAGCUCUGGAGGCCAAAGAUCGAAGAUACUUUAUUGCUUUGAAGAGCGACGAAGAGCUCUAUGGGUGGUUGGACGACGUCUACUCGAGAAGUCCGCUCAUGGGCGUUAGCAACCCCACCAACUUCGUCCAUAAAGUUCACGUUGGGUUCGACCCUCUCUCGGGUGCUUUCACAGGUAUGCCUGAGCAGUGGACGAAAUUAUUGACGAAGUCAGCAAUUACGAGGGAGGAUUACGCAAAGGAUCCUCAAGCCGUGCUGGAUGUCUUGGAGUUUUACACGGAUCAUCAGAAAAGGGAACUCGAGGAUAUGUCGCUCGGUGCUCCUGCUCGCUUCAACGCCGGGACAGGCUUCGGCGGUGCGAGUAAAUUGAACGACAACGGUCGGCCAGGCAUCAAACGACAGGAAUCGUCACCACCAGGCCUAGGGGGUGACACUGACAAUCUUCCCAGUGCGGCCGCACGAGCUGCGGAGCUUGUGAAUGGCUCUCAUGUCGCCAGCGCGAUAUCCACCGUUCAGGGACCACGAGGCCCUCUCCCAAACCCACAGCCUCCUCAAGCGUCGCGCCCAGCGCCUCCUCGACCCCUUAUGACAGGGACUCGGCCUGCACCCCCCACGCCCGGCCAAUCAGGCAAAGUUGAUUUGACGCCUAAUGCUGCCGAUCUGCGCGCUCGAGCGAAAGCGCAAGGACCGCCACCCAACGCUAUACCAGCCAGGAAUGACUCAUUGCCCGCAUUACCUGACCAGACGAUCAAGCAGCAGCAGGAGCGUCAGGAACAGCUGUGGCAGCAGGAACAACAGCAGCGGCAGCAGGAAUCACGGGUGGAGCAAUGGCAGAAACAACAGCAGCAACAACAGGAGGAAGACAGGUAUCAGCAGCAGCAACAGCAACAGAAGAAUCUGGAUUUGCCACGUCCUCAGAUCGCUCCAUCGAAAUCUUCUCCUGCAACGACUUCCCCUGCAUCCCAACCCGCGCCGGGCCCUGCUGGCUCUACCACCGGUCCACCGCCUGUCCUCCCCUUGCAGCCGUCGAAAAAAAUACAAAUCCAGGCUCAAGAGAAGCCGGCCAAGUUGGCGGCGAAUGGUGGGGUUGCCGCUGCCGCUGCGGCCUUGGAGAAGCCUAAGGAGAAGGAGAAGAGGAUCAGCACGAUGACGGAGGUGCAGAUCAUGGAGAAGCUCCGCCAGGUUGUCAGCGACGACGAUCCGAAGUUGCUGUACAGCAAGAUUAAAAAAGUUGGUCAAGGAGCAUCUGGACACGUGUACGUUGCCAAAACCCUCUCCACAGGCAAAAAGGUCGCCAUCAAGGAAAUGGAUUUGUCUCACCAACCGCGCAAGGAGCUCAUCGUCAACGAAAUUUUGGUGAUGAAGGAAUCCCAGCACCCAAAUAUUGUCAACUUCUUGGAGUCAUAUCUCGUUAAGAAUAAUGAGCUUUGGGUGGUCAUGGAAUACAUGGAAGGUGGUGCUUUAACGGAUAUCAUCGAGAAUAACCAGUUGGAGGAGGAUCAAAUUUCGAGCAUUUGUCUCGAGACUUGCAAAGGACUUGGACAUCUUCACAGUCAAAGUAUCAUCCAUCGUGAUAUCAAAUCCGAUAAUGUUCUGCUCGACGCUCAAGGCCGAGUUAAAAUCACUGAUUUCGGGUUCUGCGCUAAAUUGACCGACCAAAAGUCAAAGCGCGCGACAAUGGUUGGUACACCAUACUGGAUGGCACCUGAAGUCGUCAAGCAAAAGGAGUACGGUGCCAAGGUCGACAUUUGGUCCCUCGGCAUCAUGGCUAUCGAGAUGAUCGAAAAUGAGCCUCCUUACCUAGACGAGGAACCGUUGAAGGCGUUGUAUUUGAUUGCGACGAACGGGACUCCAACUCUCAAGAAGCCCGAGGCUCUCAGCCGGGAAUUAAAGGGAUUUUUGGCGGUUUGUCUGUGUGUGGAUGUCGGUAGUCGGGCGACUGCUAAUGAAUUGCUUGAGCACGAAUUCUUGAAGAAGGCUUGUGCGCUAUCAGGCCUUGCUCCUCUACUACGAUUCAAGACCGGGAAGCAGGGUUCAUGA